AUGUUUGGUCCAAUAGCGAGAAGAGAAGAAUCGGGAGGGAUAGCUGCGGCAGCUUUGGGUUACGUUUUUCGUUUCGAGACACCGGCGGAGACGGCGACUCGAACCGGCGAUGUGGUGGAUGGAGGUGUGGUACGUUUGGAAUGUGAGGAUGAUGUAUAUAUGUUCGAAGUGAGUGUGUGGACUAAUGAUCUGUCUGCUGAUGGUCCGGUGCCUGCGUUGACUCCGAAUAUUGGGGAUGAAAUGGGGGUUGAUCCGUUUCAAGAGGUUGUAUUACGGUACAUGGUACCGAAAGCGGCAGUGUCAGAAGACUGGUUAGAGGCGGACGAGGGACCACAUUUGAGUGACAUGACAUGGAUCGCUGAGCAUGGCUGCUGGUUUCAACUCGAAAGCGAGGCAUUAGGGGCUAGUCAGGCACUCGCCACAGAAGAUGAUGCACUAGGAGCUGAGGGAUUCAACACGCAAGACGGCGAACACACACCCCGUGGAGAAGCACCCCGUGGAGAAACACCCCGUGGAGAAACACCCCGUGGAGAAACACCCCGUGGAGAAACACCCCGUGGAGAAACACCCCGGGGACUUGGUUUCGAAAGCGUGAAAUUAAAAGCACUCUUAAAGAUGUUUAUCGCCACUAGCGCUCGAGCAUUAGGACUCAAGACGCACGAGAUAGACGUCGACCUUGUCAUGGAGGUUGCCCGUGAAUUUCUGGGUCUCUACCUCCACUUACCUGCUGUGCAGAACUGGCUCCAAAGCUUCGAGGCAGAUCUUCGUGCCGACAUUAUGCGGGAAGAGAUUUACGGAAGCAUUGGACUUGAGGGAUAUGCACCUGAGGGAUAUGGACCUGAGGGAUAUGGACCUGAGGGACAUGUUCGCGAGAAGCAUGUUCGAGAAGCACACGUGCGCGAAGCACACGUUCGAGAAGCACACGUGCGCGAAGCACACGUUCAUGAACACGUUCGUGAGGAACAGUGGACGCAGGAGGAACGGUGGGAGGCGGCCUCGGCACUCUGGUCGCGAGGCGGAGAAACAUCGCCUCGGGUGGCUAUACCGUUCGAUGGCAUUUCCAUUAACGGGAAUAAUGGCGCAGUCAGUGUAGCUGUGUUUUUACCCGGUACGGUGGGACAACACGUUGAGGUUCAGACCCAGUCUGUGACCUCGGCUAGUGGACCGGAUGGCUACGACGGAAAAGGAACGUCGAGAGCUAUCACAGAGCGACGCAUCGAGAUCGAGAUUGGCGCAGGAAACGGUAGACGCAUCGGCACACCGCCGGGAACUGCAGGAACCCGAUCUCGAAACUCGUCCGGAGCAUUGACCCCUCAAAUGAGACAAGCGAUUGGGGGUCCAAUGGAGAUUGAAGUUGCUCACGGCAAUAAUUACGGAAUCGCACAUGGAGCAAUGGAACAUGGAGCAGUGCAACAUGGAGCAGUGGUUGAAACCGCUACGGUAACCGAACGAGAACUCAAGAUCGAGAUCGAAGCGGGUGAUGGGCGGCGAGUUGGCAAGUCUUCAAGAAGUGGAUGGACCGCAAGAUCGACGAUUGGAAGAUCGACGAUUGGAAGAUCGACCACGGAAAGAUCAAUCGACGUCGAGGUCGGCACAGGAAGCGUCGGGGUGACGACUGGAGCAAUACGACGUACUCAGUCAGAGAGAUUAACUCAGCGGCACGUUCAACAAACUGAGACCCUAGUUGAACAACUUACAGAAACGAUGGUUGAAUCUUUGGGUGAUCCGGUGGCGGAGAGGAUGGGAAGAACUAAGGGAGGUAAACAAGUACGACGAACUCAAUCUGAAAGGCAAACGCCAUACACGAGAAAAUCGGGAGUUGAGAUGAACCGAGGAAACCAACAUGUGCGACAAACGGAAACGGUGGUAGAGGAGCUAACCGAAACAUUAAUAGAGUCACUGGGUGAAGCCUCAAUGGUGACUGAACCACCAAGUAGAAUGGGAGGUAGAAUGGGAGGUAGAAUGGGAGGCCAGACGGAAGUGGGUAAAGUAACACGAUCUCAUUCAGAAAGACAACGAAAUGAUAUGCGAAGGGCAGCGGGGGAUCGGCAAACUGAAGCUAUGAUUGAGGACCUGAAUAACACAUUGGCUGCAUCGCUAAGUGACGCACGAAGUCAGACUGACGCACGAAGUCAGACUGACGCACGAA